UAAAAAAUAAUUUCUCUCCCAGAAGCCGGGAAGGAAACAUCAUCCGAUUAAGAAAAGAAGCGGGCGGAUCGAGGAGGAAACGUGGGGGUGGUGGGGUGGGGGGUAACCAGAGCAUCGCUGGGGGGGUGUGAAGUUGGGGUGUCUGAGGACAUUGGGGAGCAGAGAAAGAAGCACAAAGAGUUGGGAGGCGAGUAACACUGUCAGCUCUGCUCACUCACUCACUCACUCACUCACUGGGAACCAGAAGAAACACACAAGGGGGAGAGCAAGUCUGGAGGUACAGUCAUGAUGGGAGUGUGAAGAUGUUUGUGACAAUGUUUUUCCGGAGUCGUUUUCUCUUCCUCCUGGCAGUGGCUGCCCUGCUGGCUGUCCUGAGCCUCAGCCUGCAGUUUUCAUUGAUGCAUCAAAAGAGUUUGGACAUCUCCAUGUUUCUCUGGAAAGGAGAGCCAGUACAUUUGAUUCCUCUGAACCAACCAAAGGAGGAUGGUGUGGUUGUCAAGAAUCGGAAAAGAAUAAUGCAGGAUGUGUACACUGCUCCCCCAAUGUUGGACCCAAUUUAUGAGGCUUAUGAAUACUGCAACAUGCCAAAUAAAACUGAUCAUGGUCUGGAAGGUCACGCACCAUCAGACUAUAAAUUGUUGUCUGUACAGAUUAUGAUUCGCCACGGAGACAGGUACCCCCUCUAUGCCAUUCCGAAAACAAAACAGCCGCCCAUCGAUUGUACACUGAACCCUGGCAGAGAACCAUCUCAUCGACGACUGAAAGACUUCAUCAAGCACAUAAACAAAGCUGAUAAAGGUCGACUUGACGGCCCCUUGAACAACAUUGCACUCCUCCCCACUCACACAGUCUGUGAGAUGGGGGAACUAACUCAGACAGGUGUUGUCCAGCAUCUCCUGAACGGGGACCAUUUGCACGACACGUACAUCAAGAAACACAAGCUGCUGACCGACGGCUGGGCGACCAAACAACUCUACGUGGAGUCGACAGGCAAGAGCCGGACCCUGCAGAGCGGGCUGGCUUUCCUCUACACCCUGCUGCCAGCGUUCGAGUGGGAGAAGAUCCACAUCCGGCAUCAGUGGAGCACUAUUUUCUGCUCGAACAUCUGCGACUGUCCCAUGCGUAAUCACUAUCUGGAGGAGGAGCAGAGGCGCCAGUACAACCUGCGGGUCAAAAACAACCUGCUGGAGAGGACUUACGUAGACAUGGCAAAGAUCGUGGGCAUUCCCACCAGGCAGCUGAGAGCGGCUAAUCCCAUUGACUCGCUGCUGUGUCAUUUCUGUCACAACGUCUCCUUCCCCUGCACGGAGCACGGCUGCAUUGACCUGAAGCACUUUAAAGUCAUCAAGGCACACCAGCUGGAAGAUGAGCAAGACAGGCAGAGCAAAAAACUGUACUACAAGUACGCCCUGCUCGCAACCCAUCCCAUCUUAAACCAGACUGUCUCCCGCAUGCUGCGGGUCGCUCAAGGGAAAAAGGACGAGAUAUUGGCGCUCUACUCGGCUCAUGAUGUGACAGUGGCUCCCCUGCUCAGCGCUCUGGGCGUCACCGAGGCCAGGUUCCCCAGGUUUGCCGCCCGAAUAGUGUUUGAGAUUUGGCAGAAUGUUAACGACAAAAAGAAGCAACACUUUGUCCGCGUCCUUUACAACGGUGACGACGUCACAUUCCAAACCACCUUCUGCCGCGACCACAGGGUCCAUUCCAAACAGCUCCUCUGCCCUUUCGAGAAUUUUGUACGUUUUGUACGGAAGGACAUGUUUGCAGUUUUCAACAGCACAAACUAUUAUGACGCCUGUCACCGGCGGGUAUUUUGAAUAUUUUUUUGGUGGUGAAAGUGCUCGUGGAAUACUAAUGUAAUUCUGUGUGUGUUGUGUACUUUGAAUAUUACUGUAUACUGACUGGGGUUCCUGCUGCUCAAUUUUAACAAUGACAUUCCAUUCCCAGCGGCAGAGCAGUUUGAUUUCCCUGCCAAUAAACGGUCAUGUGGAUUGUAUGGCAUUAUACACUCCGUGUGAGGUUGUGUUCCAGGAACUCUCGACUGCACCACUUCACGUUAGUCUGUCCCUCAGUGAGGCUGAAUGAGGCUCAAUAAUGUAAGAAGGUCUUGGGAUUGAGCCCUCUCUUACUUGGAGAGCAUUGGUGCUUUGCUGUCAACAGGAAUACUGAGAAGUCUGCUUCAGUUAAGGGAAAGAGCUAAAUAAAGUUGUCCGUUCCUUUGUUUGACAUUGAAAGACCUGACACGAGUUUGUUACAAACAUGGUGAUCUGCAGGUUGCAGUAUUUAAAGAAAUUAAUCCUGCAUGUUAAACUGGUUUUGUUCGUAAUAAUAAAAUAUUUCUAAAGGUG